CACAAGGGAGGGGAAGGAAGGAGCUCCGAGUGUGUCCUGGGCUGGGUUUUGUGGGGUUCCAGGUGAAUGUUGGGCACAGAACCCCCUGAGGAAGCUCUGCCUGGGCCUGGGGGUGUCCUUGGCUUCAUCUCCAGGGUCUGGACUCAGCCCAGGGUCAGUUCUGACCUGGAAAACCUUGACCCAGAGAGUGUGACGUGCUCAGACACCACAAGGGAGGGGCAGGAAGGAGCUCAGGGUGUGUCCUGGGCUGGUUUUUUCGGGGUUCCAGGGAUGCUGCGGAAGCUGGAGCUGCGGCAGGAGCAGGACCUGCAGGCCGUGGUGGAGGUGGCCAACCACGUCUUCAGCGACGGGGUCGCCAACUGGGGCCGGGUGGUGACUCUGGUGGCCUUCGGCGCCUUCGUGGCGCGGCAGCUGCGGGGCCCCCAGCGGGACCGGGGCGUCUCCAGCCUGGCCCGGAUCCUCACCGACGCCCUCGUGUCCUCCCGCAGGGAAUGGCUGCUCAGCCAGGGAGGAUGGGUGAGUCACCCACUGCUCCAGCCUUUCCGGGUGUUC